AAUCACAUGAUCUUGUUGCCGGAAAUCGACCGGUGGUUGCACAUCGCGGCAACAACGGGUCGCCUACAUGGAGUAAGAUAGCCUACUGAUGGACGUUGUGAAGGGUCUGCGCGGCACAAUUGCUCGCGUAGUCGCUAAACCAAACAUGUCUGUGUUGUUUUUAUGCGUUACGGUCGACAUCGUCGUGUUGCUUUUCUGCGUAACGGUCGGAUCCGUAUCUGGACUUUCCUUCAAGAGAAACGACGCUCCAGUGAUAGGUAUAUUGUCGCAGGAGUCCUAUUCACCCCCGCCAAACGUCACGUCUUAUAUCGCCGCCUCCUACGUUAAGUAUCUGGAGUCAGCAGGAGCCAGAGUUGUCCCUGUGAGGAUCAACCAGACAUUGGAGCAGUAUAAAAGUCUCUUCAACUCCCUGAAUGGCAUACUUUUCCCAGGCGGUGGGGCCCAUCUUAUUACAUCAGGUUAUGCAAGGGCUGCAAAGAUCUUCUAUCAGCUGACGAUCGAGGCCAAUUCCAGAGGAGACUACUUCCCCGUGUGGGGCACCUGUCUGGGCUUGGAGGAGCUCACCUUCCUGACCAGCGGGAAGCUUCUCCUCUCUUCCACCAACACCAACGGCGUGGCUUUACCCCUCGUCUUCACUAACGAAUCCAGGGUAAGCAAGCUGUUCAGCGGCUUCCCACCAGACCUUCUGACAGCUCUGGCCUCUGAAGCGCUCACAGAGAACUCUCACAGACUGAGCCUCGCAACUGAGACCUUCAGAAAUAACCCGGAGCUCAGCAAGUUUUACAGAGUUCUCUCAACCAACAGCGACGAAAAAACUGAAUUUGUGUCGACUAUGGAAGCGUACGACUACCCCAUCUACGCAACCCAGUGGCACCCUGAGAAGAACGCCUUCGAGUGGACCCGGGACUACAUCCCCCACUCACCAAACGCCAUCAAAACCACCUUCUUCAUGGCCGACUUCUUCGUCAACGAAGCAAAGAAGAAUUUCCACAAGUUCAGCAGCGAGGAGGAGGAGCGCGAUGCCCUGAUAUACAACUACACCCCCCUGUACACUAAUGGCUCUGCCUUUGAGCAGGUUUACUUCUUCUAGGAACUACAUAUCAGGGUAUUGGGCGUCUGGGCGUCCCACACACAGAGCAGAAAGGGGGUUGGUUCAGUCCCUCAUUUCCCCUGGCCCGACCCUCGGGUGUCCUAAAGCAGGACGGCUCUGACCCCUACCUGCUCCUUAUUGAAAUGUGAACAUCUCCACUCACUUUCGAUGAAAGAGUCUGCUAAAUGAGUUGUCUGAAAUAUACCCCAACCGGACAGACCCAAAUGUGCCAUCAGAUGGGAUCGAAAUAAAAGCAAUUUCUUUUAAUAUA